CUGUCGCUCGGUGUGUCCCGGAGCCGGCGCCCCUUACUCCGUCGGGGCCAGGGAGUGCCAUGGUUUCCCUGCCCAGGCCCCCUGCGACCAGCUUGCUGCGGUUUUUGUUCCUGGGGCUGAGUACCCUCGCGUCCCCCUCACAGGCCCAGCUGGAGCUGCACGUGCCCUCUGGCCUCACCAGGUUGAAGGCAGUGGAAGGAUCAGAAGUGGUGCUCCCAGCGUGGUACACUGUGCAAGGACAGGUAUCUUCGUCCCAGCGGUGGGAGUUGCUCACGGUGAUGUGGUUCUUGGAGCAAGAAGGGAAGGAUCUGAACCAGGUGCUGGCAUACAUCAGUGGGACCACGUCAAGCAAAAAUGGGGUAUCCCUGGUCUACUCCAUGCCUUCCCAGAACGUGUCACUGCGGCUGCAGGACCUCCAGGAGAAAGACUCUGGGUCCUACCGCUGCUCUGUGAAUGUUCAAGACCACCAAGGCAUCAAAAGGAGCCAUAGCAGCAAAACUUUAGAACUCAGUGUGCUGGUUCCUCCAGCUCCUCCAUCCUGUGGUCUCCUGGGUGUGCCCCGUGUGGGGACCAAUGUGACCCUGAGCUGCCAGUCCCCGAGGAGUAAGCCAGCUGCCCAGUACCAGUGGGAGAGGGCACCCCCAUCCGCCCAGGUUUUCUUUGCACCAGCUUUAGAUGCCAUCCGUGGAUCCUUAAGCCUCAGAAACCUUUCCAGUCCCAUGUCUGGAGUCUAUAUCUGCAGGGCCCACAAUGAGGUGGGCAGUGCCCAGUGCAAUGUGACCUUGGAAGUGAGCACAGGGCCAGGGCCUACGGUUGUUGCUGGAGCUGUUGUGGGCACUCUGGUUGGACUGGGGCUGCUGGCUGGGCUGGUCCUCUUGUACCAACGCCGAAGCAAGGCCCUAGAGGAGCCGGCCAAUGAUAUCAAGGAGGAUGCCACUGCUCCCCGGACCCUGCCUUGGCCCAAGGGCUCAGACACAAUCUCCAAGAACGGGACCCUUUCCUCUGUCACCUCAGCACGAGCCCUCCGGCAGCCCCAAGGUCCUCCCAGGCCUGGUGCACUGACCCCCACGCUCAGCCUCUCCAGUCAGGUCCUGCCCUCACCCAGGUUGCCCAGGACAGAUGGGGCCCAACCUCAGCCAAUAUCCCCCAGCCCCGGUGGAGUCUCUUCCUCCGCUCUGAGCCGCAUGGGUGCUGUCCCUGUAAUGGUGCCCGCCCAGAGUCAGGCUGGGUCUCUGGUGUGAUGGUCCAGCCACUUAUUGCCCAAGCCAUCUGGUUUCUCUCCUUCCUGUAAGGGUCAGCCCUAGCUCAGAGGCCUGAGUCUUGGGGGACCACCUUCCAGACGCCCAGUCCUCCACCCACAUCUUUCUCUACUAUGGGAAAACUGAGUCUCAGUUAAGAUCCAAACGUCAGGAGGUAGAAGAAGAGGAAGUGGACCUCAGGUUAGGAAGCGCGCCCACCCCCUUCCCCAGUCCUCCCUAUGACGGCAGGGAACGCUGGUCUGGGUGAGGACUGCUGUCCAGUGAGUCCUCCAGGCCCCCUCCAUCUGUACUCCUCCCUAUCUAACAGCACAGUCACUCCCACUUCAGCUCCCUGCAUUCCUAUAACCUGUCCUGCUGUCUUGGUUGGGUUUUGUUGGGACAGGGGAUAGGGAAAGUAUUUUUUUAAACUAACUUGAAAUGUGUGUUUUUGUUUUUAUUUUGCAAAUUUCAAUAAAGAUGCAUUGUGUUUGUAUGAAAA